UUUCAUGGCCAAAUGCAUUGUUAAUUUCGGUUUUUGGUGUUUUUUUAUGAAUUGUUUUCUUUUUAUGGGUUGUUUGAUUUGUUCACAUUACCGUUCUUGUAAAAUAGAUGCUAUUAUUCUAGCUGAUUCUUAAGUUGAGAAAGCAAUGAAUUUGGAAUGUAUUUUUGCAUUAUGUAUCUAUUGUCAAGAUUAUUAAAAUGUACUAUCUAAACGAUAGAAGAUUCUUUAGGUUUUUGCUUUGUUUAGGGACCAAUUCAUGGAAAUUUUUAGGGAUCCAGUGGUGUUUUAUUCAGUUCUUUGAACCAAAAACUUGAUGGAUUAUAUGGGAGUUUUUUUCCAUUAGAAGAAAUUCAUAUAUAGGUUUCUAUAGAGUGAAACAGUCUUUACUAUUUUAUGAAGGAUUGUGCAUUAAGCUCUAUGGUACCAAUGCUGAAAGAUAUGUAGAUAAGCUAAAUAAGCUAGAUCUUACUUUAUGUUAAUGGAUAUGCUAUUUAUCUAGACUUUCUUAAUCCUUAUAUAAUAUUCUUACAUGCAUAAAUGUUCUUUGAGGAGUUGUGUAUUUUCGGUUUAUUAAACUUUCGUUCUUGAAACACAAGUUCAUGCUCUUGUUUCGUGUACACAAGGAUAAGAAUAUGUUGGAUUGAAACAUAUAAGCCCUAGGGGAAGAAUUGAUGUUCAUUGUUUAGAAGAUCUUGGGUUUGCGUAGUGGUGGUCUUGAAGCUCCUUCAGUUUUUGUGGUUAAAUUAUCGAGGAAACUUAAGAGGAACCGGGUAUUUCAAUUAUUACGAGAAGGGAAUGAUCAUUUGGUUCGAAGAUGAUGGAGGUCAACGCUGGAUAUUCCCGUUCGAAUGAGAAACAACUGCCAGAGUGUCGAAAAUCUGUUGAUAAAGGGAAAAAGCCAGUAGAAAAAGAUGCAAGCGCUUCUGCAUUUGUAAACCAUGCUGCAAUCUCUUGGCACGAGAACAGAAGAAAGUGGACAGGAGAUAAAUCUCUAAAAGCACGAAAGAUCAGUAAGGAUCAAGUUAUAAGCUGGUCUACAACAUAUGAGGAGCUUCUUUCAACUAAUGACCCAUUUUCCGAGCCAAUUCCUUUGCCGGAAAUGGUAGAUUUUCUAGUUGAUAUUUGGCACGACGACGGGCUGUACGAUUAGAUAAUCAGUGAUGAACUAUGAUGAAGCUCUGGCAUCAGAGAUUGGUAGACAAUUGGAGAAGUUUUUUCUUUUUCUUUUUUGGGUCUUACAAAUUUAUAGAUUUGGAUUACCUCCAUUGAUAUUCAAGAUUGAGAGUGGCAGUUCCAAGCCUAGAUUGUGUUUGCCUCCUUAGAUUUAUGUAACACACAUUGUGAAUGUCAUUCCAGGAUGUUGGAUACGGAUAUCUGUCUUACACGUGUAUGAUGAUAUUUUUUUUUCUAUUUAGAGGAUCCUAACUACGUACCAUUGUUCAAAAUGUGUUCGACAAGGGGAUUUUUUCCAGAUAUAAAUAUGUUAGGAAGCUUCUUGGAAAA